AUGGCUUCACCGACAUGGGCCAACAAUGAAGAACUGGACUGGCUGACAGAGCGACUGCCACGCUUUCUUGACCAUCAGAAACGCAAGAAGGUGCAGUCCUUCUUUAGAACGUUAUACACUGAAUGGGAUGCUCGGUAUCCGGAGUGCACCCAUCUGUUUCUGGACAUUGAACUGAUGGCGCAGCUGACACCGGAGCAGGAGGUGGAGCUAACGGAGGCCAUCUCUCUGCGACAAAGGGUGCAUUAUGUUUUAUGCAUAGCUGGAACAAAUCUGAUGGGGAUACAGCAACUAAACAACUGGUACAAUAACCGCAAGCCCAAAGGGCACUCUGCCGACAAGUCUGUAAUCCUCAAGGACUUCAUUCCAAAGGAUGCCGACCAUGUCAAGCAUCUUCCACAGGCCGUUGAAGUAUACUCACACCUAUAUUACAAGGAGAAGGUCAAGGUGGACAUCGAUGCGGAGAUCAAGGAGAAGGACAUCAAAAACGGCAAAGUCGUGACAGUCGUCAGGCAUCUCACACAGAAGCGGUAUGAAGCAGAGACACCGGAAGUCCACGCUGAGAUUGCAGCAGAGGUGAAGUGGAUGAAGGCUCAGCACGAGGCUGAGAAAGCACAGACUGAGGAGGUGCAUGCCCAUGGAGAGUUCUCUCCGGCUGAAUAUCAGAGGAUGUUGUACAACAUGCCAGCCACGUUCGAUCAGUUCUUGGGUGCGAUGGUGAAGGCCACUGAUGGCGGGAAUCUGUGGUCAAUGGUAUUUCACUCGGCGGAAGGUUCCAAUGAUGUCAAAUUCAGUAAUACUGUACCAGAAUUUGAAGCCCAUUUCAUAGAGCCGUUCGGGCAGUUCCUUACCAUAGCAUUUCCUAUGGCUACAUCCCGAGAGGUGACGCCAAUUACUCUCGAUGACAUCCGAUACCAGAUAGAAGAUAAUUCCGACACUGAGGACCGUAUCCCUUGUGUGGAGGCAUCAAGCUUGUCAGGCACCAUGGAGAAUGUAGCUCACACACCUGUCACUACGACAGAAUCUGGCAUUACAGCAAAACUAUCUACAUCAUCCGAGGCUAUGCGUACUCUCACGACCAUCAGCUAUACUCACCUGUCCUUAUCAGCUUCUCAGCCCUCUGUGCAAUCGUCCCCUGCUCACGCUUCCUCCAUCCCAUCGUCUUCCCGAGAUCAGCUCUCUGCAUCUGCAAAUACUGCACUGGCAUGGGUGCCAAACCCAGGAGUAUGGCAGUUUGAUCCCCCAGAGCCGGCAUUCAAGUUGGAGCCGAACCUUCAGCCCAUGUCUCUCGACAGUGCCAUGCUUGGCACGGUGCUGGAUCGAAUGGGUUCUGUCAGUCAAAUGACAGGCUUGGGAUCCCAGAAACUCGCAUAUGCACUCUCCGGUCCAAGUGGCAGUUACAGUGCAACAUCGGAUGUCGCUCACCCUGAAGUAGUAUCAUCGGGCGCGAGCUCUUCCCCUUCAUUCGCAGCCCAGUCCUCGUCAUCUCCAACUGAAGCUGCUUCAUCGGUAUCUCCAGCCGAGUCCCUUUCUCGCUCAUUUCCGGCCACCCGCUCUUCAUCUCGUUCAGCAACACCUGCAGUCACAUCAGCCACUACCCCUCCACUCCUUGUAUCAUCUGCACAUCCUUCAUCUCUGCCAUCCCAUCAGGAGCUGAACAGCACUGUCGAAUCUGCGGAUAUUGCCCCACCCUCAAUCACGGUGGCAAGUGCGAAUGUGGAUACAGGUCCAGCAUGCAAGCAUCAUCAAGGUCAGAGGCAUGCUGUGCCCGUGAUUCUGGCAGCUACAGAAACAGUGAAUGCCGGUAGGGAGGAUGGGGCACUCGCUGCGAAAUCAGGCCGGCCUGCAUGA